CCCCCAUGUCAUAUUCGAGGCGCGAACGAAGAUGAACAGGGGAUGCGGCAACAAGCUGGAGUACAGACAGAAGGCGCAUCGAUCGAAGAACUUCGCGUAUGUGGAGGCGCCUCUUAGCGAGGAACAUAACAUGAUGCACGCGGACAUACUCUCCUGGCAGGAGUGGUACGGCGGCGGUCUCCGGAUGCGCGAGCGGCGGGACGUCCGCGAGACCACCAAGUACAUAGAGACGGCUCUGGUCAUCGAUAAAUACAUGUUCGACAAGAGGAACGGCAGCACGAGGGCCGAGGUCGUGCAUGACGCGAUACAAGUGGCCAAUAUUGCGGACCUGUACUUUCGCACGCUAAACACCCGCGUGUCAGUGGUGUAUAUCGAGUCGUGGCAGAGCGCGGACCAGGCGGACCUGGACAGGAAGUAUGACAUCACGCGCGCGAUACAGAAGUUCAGCGACUACACGGCUAGGAAGUUGUACAAGAUCGAAAAGGACACUACGCAGCUGUUGUCGGGCCAAAUGUUCCCGGGCGGCGAGUCAGGGAUAUCAGUCCCAGAUACCAUGUGCACACCCAAGUCUGUGGGCAUCUCAGUGGACUACAACACAUACGAACCUCACAUACUGGCUGCUACAAUGGCGCACAUGAUUGGUCACAAUAUCGGCAUGGGGCACGACGACGGUCGCGAGCAGUGCUUCUGCCGCGACUGGCACGGCUGCAUCAUGGCGCAGUCGAUAGUCGGGCUCGAGAACGUACAGCCUUACAAAUUCUCGGACUGCUCCAAGAACGAUUACAUCAACGAGCUCAGGAUCGGGCAGGGGCUGUGUCUGCUGAAUAAGCCGAAUGAGUUGGUGGUGCACCGUCAGUGCGGCAACGGGCGACUCGACGAGGGCGAGGAGUGCGACUGUGGAACCAUCGCCGAGUGCCAGAACCUGAACCCAUGCUGUGACCCCUUCACGUGCCGCCUCACCAAGGAGGCGCAGUGCGCGGCUGGCGACUGCUGCGACCGCUGCCAGUUAAAACCCCGCGGCGUCGUCUGUCGAGACUCGACAAAUGAGUGCGACCUCGAGGAGACAUGCACCGGUCUCUCCGGAGCGUGUCCGCCGGACGCGUACAAGAAAAACGGGGAAGCGUGCGAGGGGGGCAAGGGGUACUGCUUUGCGGGGCAGUGCCCCACGCUGUCGCUCCAGUGUGAGAAGAUCUGGGGCCCUGGCACUAUUGGUGCGGACAAGGAGUGCUUUGAGCAGUUCAACUCGAAGGGGGCGGUAACGGGACAUUGUGGGAAAGACGCUAAUGGGAAUUUCAUCAAGUGCGAUAUGGAGAACGUGCGGUGCGGCUCGCUGCAGUGCCAGCUCGGCAACCGGUACCCGAUCGUGCCGGGGAUGGAUGAGUACUACACGCGCACCGUUAUCACAAUCAAGGGCAACGAAUACGAUUGCAAGGCAACAACCGGUCUGCCAGAGCACGCGGAGGUGGGCCCCCUGGGGCUGGUGCGCGACGGCACCCCCUGCGGGGACAACCUCGUGUGCGUCAACCAGACGUGCACCUCCAUCUUCCCGUACAUCGACCACACCAAGUGCCCCGCUGACCACAACAACCACGAGUGCUCCGCGAGGGGGCUAUGUUCGAACAUGAAUAAGUGCGUGUGCAACCGCGGCUGGACGGGCCCGGACUGCUCGCAGCCGGACGCGCUGCCGCCGCUGCCGACCGCCUACGUGCCGGAGAACGCGACCAAAGCGGCUUAUAACAUGACCAAGAAGGAAACGCCGUAUGAGAACUACCACGGCUCAAACACGGUAUUCCUCGUGGCGGUCCUCAUGUCUGUGGUAGGGGGGGUAUUCAUAGUAUUUGCCCUGAGCGCUCUCUGCUACAGGUCAGUCGUAGUACACAAAAACUUCUCCCUGUGCCUAAGGAAAAAGAGCACGCUGCCGAAAUACGACCCUCCGUACGUGAAGAAACCCAUCGCCAAGAGCUUCGCCGGCGGCUCCACCACCUCCAACAACUCGCAAGAGGACAUAUCGAUGGAAGCUGGCAAGAUACACUCCUUCAAUAAUACGUUCAGAAACCUCCUAAGCCGUGGCGACUCGCAGCGUGUAAUCUUCAGACAGGGCAAUCACAUGUCUGGCGCUGGCUCCGCUAGCAGAUAUCCAGAUCAUAAACAGAUGAAGCGAGUUCAUUCGGGGAGUGAAGAUGAGCCAACGCAUUCAGGCGAAGAAGACAUAGCGUUCAUAGACGUGACCCCGGGUACAAUGUCGAAACUUCCAGAAAAGGGUAUUCUGAAGAAGCACGGGUACGGCGCGGUGGACGGCAAGGACAAGUGGGGAGACGACUCGCAGUCCGAGCACCUGGAGGCAGGCUCGCAGUCGGACGGGCAGGAGCCGGCCGGUGCUGUGGCCGAUAUGGAGUAUAAGUUUAAGGAUCUGAACGGGUACCACGAGAACAUAAUAGAAGCGCUGAAGACGGCGGCGGCGCAGCGCGCCACAGCUGGCAGCGCGGCGGGCGCGGGCUCGGGCGACCUGCGCGCGCUGCAGGACUACGAGUACAAGCGCGAACGCCCCGCCAGCGCCGACAAGCCGCACGACGCGGAGCUGCGCCGCGCCCGCCCGGACGAGGACGAGGAGGAUCAGCGGCCGUGCGGUCCUUACCGCAUCCGCAACCUGGAGGACCUCAUCCGGCAACUCGAGCACCACUCCAGCCGGCACAUGAGCCCGUCCGGAUCGGAAGACAUCCGGAUGUCGGAGACUGAAGCAGAUCGGCACUACAGGAUCGAGGAUGUCCCACCGCGCUCGUCCGACAGCCGCUGCCGCGGACGGCUCCCUCCCGGUGAGGAGGAGUCGCGCUUCGGCUACCGAAGCUUCCGCGGCAGCGGGCGCCACCACGCGCCGCUGCUGGCACCCGCACUGCUGCCGCACGCGCCGCACGCGCACGCGCCGCACGCGCCGCACGCCGCACACGCGCCGCACGCGCACGCGCCGCACGCCGCACACGCGCCGCACGCGCCGCACGCGCACCGCGUGCCCGACGACGACGCGCUCUACGAGACGGCCGACACCGAGCGCCUGCGCGACGUGCCCGAUAGCGAAAGUGAUGAAUUUAUUCAAGCUCAACAACAGUUAGCCCGGUGGGCGAGUGAAGAGGCGGUCCCGGUGCGCGAGUACUACCCCUCGCCCGUGGGCAGCUCCGCCAGCGACCGGCCCGCCGCCUUCCCGGAGUACACGCACUGACCCCUCCCGCUCCCCCCACCCCCC